AUGACAAUACAGCAAGUCCUGUUACUUCUGCUGCUCUGGAUGUGGCUGCCGCAUCCCUGCCGUUCAGAAAUGCUGUUCAGAAGGACUCCUGAUCUCAAACCGAAAAGCUUUGUGGGACGUGCAUCAGGGAGUGAUGGAAAAGCACUUCACCGCCAGAAGCGAGGCUGGAUGUGGAACCAGUUUUUCCUUUUAGAGGAAUACACAGGAUCUGAUUAUCAGUAUGUAGGCAAGCUUCAUUCUGACCAGGACAAGGGAGAUGGGUCCCUCAAAUACAUUUUGUCAGGAGAUGGGGCUGGUACUCUUUUUAUUAUUGAUGAGAAAACUGGUGACAUUCACGCCACUCGGAGAAUUGACAGGGAAGAGAAAGCCUUUUACACCCUGCGUGCCCAAGCUAUAAACAGAAGAACUCUGAGACCAGUGGAACCCGAAUCUGAGUUUGUCAUCAAAAUCCAUGACAUCAAUGACAAUGAACCAACGUUUCCAGAAGAAAUUUAUACUGCGAGUGUUCCUGAAAUGUCAGUAGUGGGUACUUCUGUGGUACAGGUCACAGCCACUGAUGCUGAUGACCCUUCAUAUGGAAACAGUGCCAGAGUCAUUUACAGCAUACUUCAAGGACAACCAUACUUCUCUGUGGAACCAGAAACAGGCAUCAUCAGGACUGCUUUGCCAAACAUGAACAGAGAGAACAGGGAACAGUACCAAGUAGUUAUCCAGGCAAAGGACAUGGGAGGCCAGAUGGGUGGAUUAUCAGGAACUACCACCGUGAACAUCACAUUGACGGAUGUCAACGACAAUCCACCUCGAUUCCCCCAGAAUACGAUCCACCUCCGCAUUCCUGAAUCCUCCCCGGUUGGGACUGCCAUCGGCAGCGUCAAGGCCACAGAUGCAGACACUGGGAAAAAUGCAGAAGUAGAAUACAGAAUUAUAGAUGGUGACGGGACAGAUAUGUUUGAUAUUGUGACGCAGAAGGACACACAGGAAGGCAUCAUAACCGUGCGAAAGCCACUGGACUAUGAGACGAGAAGACUUUACACAUUGAAAGUAGAAGCUGAGAAUACCCACGUGGAUCCACGAUUCUAUUAUCUUGGGCCUUUUAAAGAUACAACUAUUGUGAAGAUCUCCGUAGAGGAUGUAGAUGAACCUCCUGUCUUCAGCAGAUCAUCUUACCUUUUUGAGGUGCAUGAAGAUAUUGAGUUGGGGACAAUAAUAGGAACCGUAAUGGCACGGGACCCUGAUUCAGCUUCAAGUCCUAUAAGAUUUUCUCUGGAUCGUCACACUGACCUUGACAGGAUAUUUAAUAUUCAUUCUGGAAAUGGAUCCAUCUAUACCUCCAAACCACUUGACCGUGAGAUAUCACAAUGGCACAAUCUUAGUGUUAUAGCAGCUGAGAUCAGAUACUUUGACAGAAUUUACAUUCUGGCCCUAGCAGGAGUAGUUAGGGUUCUACAAAGAGACAACCCCAAAGAUACUACUCGUGUUCCUGUCUAUGUGAGAAUUUUGGAUGUUAAUGACAAUGCCCCCCAGUUUGCUGUAUUCUAUGAUACCUUUGUGUGUGAAAAUGCGAGAGCUGGACAGCUUAUCCAGACCAUAAGUGCAGUAGACAAAGAUGACCCUCUUGGUGGACAAAAAUUUUUCUUCAGUUUAGCUGCUGUUAACCCAAACUUCACUGUUCAGGAUAAUGAAGAUAAUACUGCCAGAAUUUUGACAAGAAGGAACGGCUUUAGCCGACAUGAAAUAAGUACUUACCUUCUACCCGUGGUGAUAUCAGACAACGACUACCCGAUCCAGAGCAGCACGGGCACGCUGACUAUUCGUGUGUGUGCCUGCGACAGCCGGGGCAACAUGCAGUCCUGCAACGCUGAG